GACGGGCUUUGAUUUAUUUUGCCGUUAAACCUGCUCGAUGGUCACAACCGUGGAUUCCCUCUUUCCAAAUACCUACACUCACCAUGGAAACCGAAAAACAGAAGAUGAUAGCUGGCAAGAUGUACAACGCUAUGGACCCUGAGCUAAGGGCUGACAUAAAAAGGGCCCGCGAUAAAAUCACUUCUUUCAACCAAAGUGCGCACAGCGACGAGGACACCAGGAAAAUGUUACUGCAGGACCUUUUAGGCACCACUUCAGGAAAUUGUUAUAUAGAGCCUCCAUUGCGAGUUGAUUAUGGCUAUAACAUUCAUGUUGGCAAGAAUUUCUACGCGAAUUUCAAUUGUGUGUUUUUAGAUUGCGCUCCGAUCAGAAUAGGCGACGAUACCAUGUUUGGACCUAACGUUCAAGUUUAUACGGCCACCCAUCCAGUAGAUGCCGUUGAACGUUGCAGCGGCAUCGAAUAUGCAAAGGAGAUUACCAUCGGUAAUAUGUGCUGGAUUGGUGGUGGUGCUAUCCUGUGCCCAGGUGUAAAAAUUGGCGACCGGUGUGUUGUUGCGGCUGGAGCUGUUGUCACUAAGGAUGUACCUUCUGACGUCGUGGUAGGAGGAAACCCCGCAAAAAUCAUCAAACAUCUGAAAGCUCCUACCGAGAAUGAACCGAAACGAUAGCUGGAUGGGUUGUCACAUGCAAGUUUGCAGUUACUGGCAUAGCUAACCCCCCAAUUGGGACAGCCAUAUAAAAUUUAUGUUAUCACUGAGUGGCAAUGGAUUUGCGAAUACAAUAAAUCAGUCCAUGGGUGACAUACUGUUAAAAUGUU